UGCUUCCUUCAACAAGCAAGUCCUUGUCAAACAGUAGUGAGAAACAUCGGCGCUGCAGGAGGGUUGCUGCUUUUUCCAUUGGGAGAAAUUGGUCUGUCCACCUGAAGAAUGGUGGCUAACAUCAGUUCUAUGGUUGAAGAUGGAAACCAGUCAAAUUCUAAUAAUUGCUCACUUGAAUUCAACAACUUGGGCGUCACAGCGUACAUCCUGUCCAUCUCUGUUCUGGGAAUUGUUUUGAACAUCUUUGUGCUGACGGUCUUCGUCCUCCAUAAGAAGCCCUGCACCGUGGCUGAGAUCUACCUGAGCAACCUGGCUGCUGCCGACCUGUUCCUGGUCUCCUUCCUGCCCUUCUGGGCCGCCAACGUUUAUCAUAAGUUUGACUGGAUUUUUGGUCUUGCCAUGUGCAAAAUGGUCAAUGUGAGCAUCCUGAUGAACGUCUACUGCAGCAUCUACUUCGUGGUUCUGAUUAGCAUCGAUCGCUAUUUGGCCUUGGUUCAUCCACUGUCCCUUGAAAAAAUGCGUCGCCCAAAAUUUGCCAAAAUUUGUUGUGUUGUGGUUUGGAUUCUGGGAUUAAGUCUUAGUAUUCCCAAAUUUAUCAACAGGAAAUUGGCACCUGACAAAAACAUUACUUCCUGUAGUGAACUUGAUGAAACUUUACUCCAGGCGACUGAGUGGAUGAUUUUGGUGUUGGGGUUUUUCAUUCCCAUUUCCAUCAUUUUCUUUUGCACUGCCAAAAUCCUCAAAGCUCUGAGGAACAGAUCUAUCCAAGGAGUAAAGAUGAGGAAAAAGGAUCAAAAAGCCAACGCUUUGGUCCUGGCUGUCCUGCUGGCGUUCCUGAUCUGCUGGGUCCCGUACCAUCUGCGGUCCAUCCCAACCUGGCUCUACAAGGCCAGGAUCCUGGCAAAGUGCAGCUCUGAGAUCAUCCAGCACUUCUGUGGGCAGUUCUUCACCUAUCUGGCGUUCUUCAACAGCGUUGCCAACCCCAUUCUCUACGUCAUUGUCGGAAGAAACUUCAGAGACAAACUGAAGGAACUCAUCAACCAGUGGGACCAAAAACGCAGUGCAACCAUCAGGCUGACAACUGCAAGCACAAGGAUUCUGCGAAGUGUUAAAUCCUAACAGAUUAUUAACUAUGAUAUGAGUUUGCUUUUUUUAUUUUGAGAAAACUAAAAAUUAAACUUGUUAGCUGGAGGAAUGAUCACCAAUUGUAAUUUGUGUAGAAGGUAACAUCAAAUCAAGACAUGUCACUCAGUGACCCUCAGAUUGAUCCUUCAUUGCCUUCAGGUUUUGGAGUGGUCUUUAUGAUCUGAUGUACAGACAGUGAUACCAUGAGGCCAACACUUCUGCAGAGAAAUUAAAGAAAGAAAAAUACUGUCUUGUUUCUGUAAAAGUUUUAACUUUUACAAGCCAAGGUAUGCUUACUGAUAUUUUUGUGCAACAAAAAAAUGUAAGGAGGAUGUUAUGAAUGUGUCAGUAUUAGAGUCCAGAUAUGACUAAAGUUAUGAUUAUUUGCCAGUUCAGUUCUUUGUUUUUCUUUAUUCUGGUUAUUUGUUAACACGUCUUGCAUGAAGUGAAAAUCAUUUAUUCUACUACACCCACUGUUAUUUUAAGUGCUUUCAGAAUAAUUCAAUAACAACUCUGCUACAUAAUUAAACAGCUUUACCGCAUGUUGUAUAUCACUGAAAUAAUGAAAUAAUGGACUGAAUCAGGAUAAUGGAAGCAGACAUUGGAGUGCAUUGUGCAGGCUCUACUUAUCCUGCUUUGUUACAGAGAUUCUUGUCGUCUAACUUCAGAAAUAUAAAGUUGUAAUCCAAGACUUAUUAACCUUACCUCCAUGCAAUGUGCCAACAUUAGUACAGUUAGCUCAGGAGACCCAGUAUUUAUUCUACUGAUGUAUUUAAAUGUCUUCCAAACUGUUUUUCUGUCUUAACUUUCUGCACUUUGACUGAGUCACAGCGCUGGAGAGCAUCGCCUUGACAAGGAUGGGUGCAAACAGCUAAUUCUCACAUUUAGCUCGACCAUCGACGAGUGUUCUGUUUCACGGUUUUAUUAUGGGUCUGGAGUAUGUUCAGUGCAGCAGAGCCUCACUCCUGCAGCUUUUAGACACAUCCCUGCUCCAACAGGCCUGGUGGCGACCAGACCAGACAGGAAGGACGGAUGAAGGAGUUCAGCCUUUUGAUUCAGGUGUGUUGGAUCAGAGGUGCAUCUAGAAGUUUCAGGAUAGAAGCAUCUUAUCUUAUGAUUUUGUUAAACUGAUGUUCAUGUCAUGGAAUAUUUUUAUUGUAAUGCUUAAUCCAAAUGAAGUUGUGUGAGCUCCACGGCCGACAUCGGCUAACCUGGAGGUCCAGACAGAAACACAUCAGUCUAUGAGUUUAUGACUCUUUGUGCUUCACUCUGCCUGCCAGGGCUUUACUCUCAACUUUUACUCUGACCCGCUGAGUGUCCUGUAUUGUAAGCUCUCAUAUCAUAUGCAUGUUAUUAAUAAACCUGACAGAGAUUUUCACCUUAAC